AUGAGCGCCUUUGCCGCCACUACAUCGUGGUGCCCGAGCUCCUUUCAGCUAAAACUUGCGCUCAAUCACCGAAAAUCUCCGCCAAUUUUUGUAUGCACGCGGUUUCAGAAGCUCAAUCGCCACAAUUUGAAGUUCGUGUCGCUGGUGGUCCGUAAUAGUGCGGCUAGUGGUAAUGGAGUGGAACAGCGCCGCUCCGGGAAUUCUUCGCGGAUUGAUUCCAAUUCAGAUAAUUUCUCCGGUUGGUCCAAUGCUGACGCUGAAGAACAGUCGGGUGACUCACGGCCCCAGCAAUCGCUUGCUGGGAUGCUGGGAGCAGGAGUUGCAGGGAUUCUUCUUGUCACCGGACUCACUUUUGUAGCAUUAUCUAUAAGCAAGCGAGGCACAUCAAGACUGAAACAGCAGAUGGAGCCACUGACAACACUACAAGAGGAGUCAUUGUCCUCCGAGGAGCAAAAUAUUGACAAACUUGAGAUGCAAGAGAGUAGCAAUCCAGAAAGCAAGACAGUUGCAUACGAGGAUCCUUCUUCAGGUGAAAAAAACAGUGAAGCUACUGAAAGUAGAAUUAGUGAUGGAACUGUUGCAGGACAGUCACCUAAAGAUGGUGAUGUCACCAGCAAUGGCUCUAUUCAAAAAGCUGCUCAUAAUGAAUCAGCGAUUAGUGAUAUUUUGGUUGCUCGGGAAGCGACCAAUAAACCACCUGAAUCUGAUACCACUGACGACUCAAGCAUUCAGAGUAAAAGUGGUAAUCUUACUGCUGAAAAAACCAAUGAAGCAGAAGCAGAGAACCUUCUUGAUGACAUUAUUCCCGAACAGUCGGCCUCUGAUGCUAAUUCAGAAAAUUUAAGCACGGAUUUUGAGGGUAAGGUAUCUGGCUUGGGUGAGAGAGAAAACUCUAACUCUUCAUUGGACCCUUCUUCAGUUGAGCCUUCAACAUUAAAAAUCUCAGUUGAACCAAAAUCAGGUUCAGUUUUAGAACCAAUCAUCAUCGAUGAAGAGUAUAUAGAAACUAGAAGCUCGCUUUCAAUAAAAGAUGUUGAGCCAAGCAAAGCUGGAGGCGAUUCAGUAAACAUGGAUGAUAUACAUCCCAAAGUGGAAAAUAUAAAUAGAACUUCAUCGAAUGGAGCUGCUCUGGUGCCGGAAGCAGCAUAUGAUCUUGCAUAUGAACAAGAUGGCCAUGACUUUAACGAUAUCAAUCUUAACAGAUCAUCUUUUGAUUCUACAAAUCUUGAAAAGUUUUUUACUUCAGCUGGCAUUCCUGCUCCAUCCAUUGUCUCUGAAGCUCUGCAGGCACUUCCUGGAAGGGUUUUGGUACCUUCUAUCGUUGAUCAGCUUCAAGGUCAGGCAUUAGCAGCUUUGCAAGUUUUAAAGGUUAUUGAUGCUGAUGUUCAACCAGGAGAUCUAUGUACUCGCCGGGAAUAUGCUCGUUGGUUGGUUUUAGCAAGCAAUGCUCUUUCGAGGAACACAGCUUCAAAAGUUUAUCCAGCGAUGUACAUUGAGAACAUUUCCGAACUUGCAUUUGAUGACAUUACACCUGAAGACCCUGACUUCCCGUCCAUUCAAGGCCUGGCAGAAGCUGGACUUAUUGCCAGCAAACUUUCAAGACGUGAUUUGCAGUCAUCUUUAGAUGAAGACACAAGUCCUGUUUUCUUCUCUCCUGAAAGUCCGUUGUCUCGUCAGGAUCUUGUGAGUUGGAAGAUGGCUCUAGAAAAAAGGCAGCUACCAGUAGCAGAUAGGAAGACCCUGCAGCAGCUAUCCGGUUUCAUAGAUAUUGACAAGAUCAACCCAGAUGCAUGGCCUGCACUUGUAGCUGAUUUAGCAGCUGGAGAACAGGGGAUUAUAACUCUAGCACUUGGAUAUACAAGACUGUUCCAGCCAGCAAAACCUGUAACAAAAGCGCAAGCUGCUAUUGCCCUUGCAACUGGUGAUGCUUCUGCCAUUGUUAGCGAGGAACUUGUACGUAUCGAGGCAGAAUAUAUGGCAGAAAAGGCUGUAGCUGCUCAUAGUUCUCUAGUUGCUCAAGUUGAAAAGGAUAUGAAUGCUAUUUAUGAGCAGGAGCUUUUUCUAGAAAGGGAAAAGAUUAGUGCUGUUGAGAAAUUGGCAGAGGAGGCAAGAAGAGAGUUGGAGAGGAUGAGGGCUGAACGAGAAAAAGAAAAUCUUUCCUUAAUGAAGGAACAAGCUGCUGUGGACUCAGAAAUGGAAGCUCUUUCUAAGUUAAGACGUGAGCUGGAGGAACAGUUGCAAACCCUUAUGAGUAAUAAGUUGGAGAUUUCCUACGAAAAAGAAAGGCUUAACCAGCUUCGGAGGGAUGCAGAAUCUGAGAAUCAAGAAAUUUCCCGGUUACAGUAUGAGCUGGAAGUUGAGCGAAAAGCCUUAUCCAUGGCUAGAGCUUGGGCUGAAGACGAGGCGAGAAGAGCAAGAGAGCAAUUAAAAGUCCUGGAGGAGGCCAGAGAGCGUUGGGAGGAGCAAGGCCUUAAAGUUGUGGUCGACAAUGAUCUGCGCAAAGAAGAAGAUGCUGCAGUUACAUGGCUUGCUACUGGAAAGCAGCUCUCAGUCGAAGGAACCGUUGAAAGGUCUGAGAACUUGGUGGACAAGCUUAGGGCGAUGGCAGACAAAGUGAGGGGUGAAUCAAAAAAUACUAUUAAUAAAAUCAUCGAGAAAAUACUUAUCUUGAUAUCACGGUUAAAGGACAAGUUCUUAAAUAUAGGCAGAGGGGCAGGAGAGAGAAAAGAUGCUGCUAAAUCAAAAUUGGAAAGUUCGUUACAAAAGGUAAGGCAAAACUCUGCCGAAUUUACUUCAGCUGUUAAGGAAGGCGCCAAGCGAGCUGCCGGAGACUGGAAAGAAGGGGUCGAAAGAAUAUCCCAGAAGUUCAAGACAUGA